GGAAUUGGAACUGUACUUGUACCUGCUGGCGGGGCGGGCAGAGCGGAUAACGUCAUUGGGGUUGGAUACUUGCUUUCGUCGACCAGGGAUUGUUGGCUUCCUCUGAUGUGCUCCUGAUACAAGGGCUAGUACUGCAAAUUUUAUCGACCAAGCUACAUGGCGUUCAAGGAACUAUCAAUUGCGAAGUCAAACUAGAGUUGAAUCUAGAGCAUCCCAUUAUGCCUCAGGCCAUAAACAAUCACGUGAUCAUCAAUCUUAUGAAGGGAUCGAACCUGCUACUCCUACCUUCUGGAUAGGCAACCGAACUUUGUGACUUCCUUCAGAUAAAUACAAGGGGAACAGGGCUUGUCAAGUCCACAAUACAACAAUCAUGGUCCGAAUCAAACAAGCCUCCCGCGACCAAUCCAAGCUCACGGGAAAACCACUCUCAGAGACCCUUGAGCCCUCACCACUCCACAUCCUCAAGGGCACCAAAGCAAACGACAGUGAAGAAGAAAAAUGGAGCACCUCGUCAGAUCUUCUAGAGGGCAAUCUAUCGUUCACGCCAGAAGUUAUUGAUAACCUGACGCUGUACCUGCUGGCGAAUCCGAACCGGAUGUCGAGUCAUUUGUUCCGGGCCGAUAUCCUUCAUGAUAGUUUUGGUGUUUUGAGGACACCAGCGGAGAGGGAAAAAUUGUUUGCUGAUGCUACUGGCAAGGUUGCCUCAUCGGGAGAUGCUGAUGUUGCUGGUGAAGACGACGUGCCGCCGAUUCCUGCGAGAGAGAUCGCGGGAUUCGAGCUGAGUCGAACGGUGGUUAGAAGGCUGAUACCUAGGAAACCACAAUUGGAUCGGCCUUUGGAGCAGACUUGUCAUUUUUAUGGAGCGGAUGAUGGUGACUACAAGCGUUUGCUUGUUGUUUAUUCGCCGCAUAUAGCGUCUAAGGAGGAGCUGCCUUUUUAUCAUCCGCUUUUGCAGUCUUGGGCGUUGUUGUAUGAUUUCCAUAAGUCCAAAGCUACGUCUUCGGAAGAAGAGGGCGGGGCAGGACAAUUGUCGUUGCAUUUCAUGCUUUACCCCGGUGAGCCGAUUCAGAACCGUCUCGAGCGGACAUUGCAUGCACUGCUCAACACCCAGAUUCGACUUGCUCGGGGUUCGGAUAUCUCCACCAUGAUGCCUGAAGGUGGUAACUACAAGCCAAACAAAGAUAAUGUGCUCCCACGGCAUCUGGUCCAGGACACAUACUCGCGGUUAAAGCAGAAGUAUGCCUCGUGGUUGUGCCAGAAUUGGGUGGAGGAUACGGAGCCGUCGAAGCAUGUUUUUGAGGAUUUAUCGAUUACUGCAUUCCUCAUUGAGCUCUGGAGGAGUAUGUACGGCGUCGUUCCUGCGGAGGAGAGGGAAACGGAAGGCUACGAUCCGAAUUUUCCAGGUUUUGUGGAUGUUGCGUGUGGAAAUGGUGUACUUGUCUACGUGCUCUUGAUGGAAGGCUACCGGGGCUGGGGUUUUGAUGCUCGUUGCCGAAAGACAUGGAAAAUAUUCCCAGAGACGGUGCGAGAGCGACUAAGCGAGGAGGUGUAUAUCCCCAAACCUUUCGCGGAUAUUCUCAGUGGUCCGGGAGCAAGCGCGGACGCGCUUGAUGUUGGCGCAAAGACACACUCCGGAAUGUUCCCGAAAGAUACUUUCAUCAUGUCCAACCAUGCCGAUGAACUUACUGUUUGGACACCGCUGAUGGCUGCUCUUGCUAAUCCGCAAUCACCACUGCCCUUUAUGGCGAUUCCGUGCUGCUCACACGCGCUAUCUGGAGCACGUUAUCGCUAUCCUCCGCCCAAGGACAAUAAGUUUGAUGACGACGAAGAAGAAGACGAGGCACAUGAAGCCGAGCAAAAUCCACAACCGGCCACCGGCGACCUAAAAGCGCUUCGGGCCGCCAAGCUCGACACUCAGACCGACGCCGGAGCGAACAAGUCAAUGUACGGCUGUCUUACCGCAAAGGCCAUGAGCGUUGCCGAAGAAAUCGGGUACGAUGUGGAAAAGACCAUGCUACGGAUCCCAAGUACGAGAAACAUGGCCGUUAUUGGAGGCCGGCAACAAGCAACUUCGGAGUGGAACAGUAAAAAGCAAAAUUCUUCCCUGCAGACCGGGCAUCCCGAUGCAAAUGCAGAUGCAGACUCCGAGGAUGAGACACUCGAGCUGAUUGAGGAAAUUGUCCGACGGGAAUGUGCCCGAGAAGGAGGCCUGCAAGAAGCAGCCAGAGUUUGGAAGGAGCGAGCUAAAGGCAUCCACAGCGGCUGGGGACAGAGUCAACGGCAUUGAUGACAGUGCAUACAGAGUAUAUACUCCGGUAAUUCUCCGAUUGAGAGAUUUCCCCUGCUGCUGCUGCUGCUGCUGCUGCUGCUGCCAUGACGCCGAAAUGCGGGGUGGAGCUAUGGAGAUUUGCAAAAAUAUCCUCCGAUAUUCUUCCGCUAGAUACAGGAACCGACUCCAUAUUACUGCUGUUAUGCUCAGCUUGCUGGCCGUUUGCUUUCUUGGCCUGUUGCUUGAGUUCACUGGUUUGCAAGUUGAGC